AUGGAGGGUCAGAAGCAGAUGAGUUUCACGUUUGAGAUAGAUAACUUCUCCGACAAGGAAGCUUCCAUAUUUUCACCAAAAUUCUCAAGUGGAGGCUGCCAAUGGGUUGUUAAAGUUUAUCCCAAAGGAAAAGUAAUCGAUGAUCACUUGUCUCUGUUCCUCUGUGUUGCGAAUCCUGAAACAUUGAGACUUGGAUGGAAAAGGCGAGCUAGUUAUUCCUUCUUUCUGGUGAAUCAAUCAGGCAAAGAGCUCUUCAAAUUAAAUGGAUGGGGUAUAGCAAAAGCCAUGCCUCUUAAAAAGCUUCAAGAAAAAGGGUUUUUGGAGAAGAACAAACUCAUAGUUAAAGUUGAAGUAAAAGUAGUUGAAGUUGUUGAUCAAGGAGGUGUCACCGGGAACGAGACGUUAGAUGUCAAGGGUUUCCAAGUCCCUUAUUCUCAGACUCUGAACAAGCCUCCGCGUAACAUCUCUGAGACUGAGUUAAGCAACGCCCGGAGCGAGUUGUUCGGUCUAACAGAAGCAGGAUUCAAGCUAGAUUGGUUGAAGACAAAGUUUGAUGCGAUUUCCUUGGCGAGGAAGAAAACAAAUGCUGCUGAUGGAUUUCGAGUCCAAGAACUCGAGGAACUCAUCAAGAAUCUUAAAGAUGAGGUGUUCAUGUUGGAGCCUAAAGGUGAGCUGGACAAGGAGUUUGGUAAAUAUGAUGCUAAACUUCUGUCCCAAAUUUCUGCUAAGGUUCUGUUGUUGGAGCAGACGGUGUCGGAUUUCAAAGACGAGUUGUCGGAUCUUAAAGACGAGCUGAACAAGGAGAAGGACAAAUCCGAUACUUGUGCUGCUAAAGUUUUGUCGUUGGAACAGAUGGUGUUGAAUCUCACAGCUGAGCUGAACAAGGAGAAGAGUGUUGUUUGCUCUUGGGAAGUAUUGGAUUACGCAGAUGCCCAUAAUGAAAAGUAG